AGUACAUGGCCGGACAGAACAUUGCAAUCCUUAAAGCAAAAUAGCCCAGGUUAAUUCCAGUUAAACACAUCACAUUUAAUGCACUUCUGUUUUGUUCAGCCGUUUGCACUUCCAAAUCUAAUUCCCACCUUGUCGUGAGUAAGCUGGUGCUCUCUCUAUCUCUCGAGCAUCUUUCGUUAUAUCUUCCAAAAAGUGGUAAUGAUUAACUGGACUUUUGGAGUUUCAGUAAGACAGGGACUAUCUGUUCAUUUGGGAAAACAAUAUUUGGGGGGAUAUUUCCCACUUGGUUGCAUUUUGUAAAUCACCAAAGUUGAAAAUCCAAGAGUAGAGCAAUCUCCAGUCUUCCCAAGCAACUAAAACUGGGUUUGCAUUUGUGCAAAUAACCAAUAUUGAUGUAAUCCCUGGAAGGACUGAUGAUGGGACAAUGUUAUCAGCAAGUGCCCAAUGUUUGCUGCCUGCGUUGAAGUUCAGGGCAGCAUUGUUUAAAGAGCCAAACAAGCCAGGAGCAAACUCUCUGUCAAAGCUCACAGUCUCAUCCCAAGAGGAACAAUGGAGAAACAAAAGACAAGUUGGAAAGAGAAAUGUAAAUUAAAGAACGGUUUGUUAAAAGAAGGGCUUGCAGAGUGCUUCGGGACAUUCAUACUAAUUCUCUUUGGUUGUAGCUCAAAUGCCCAAACAGUGCUGAGCAGAGGAGUGAAUGGUAACAUAAUUACCUCUUCCGUUGGCUUUUCAUUUGGAAUAACCAUUGCUGCUUAUGCAACAAUAGGAGUAUCAGGGGCACACCUGAAUCCUGCUAUUUCUCUUUCUAUGUGUGUGCUGGGUCAGCUUCAAUGGUUGAAGUUUCCAAUUUACUGCAUUGCUCAGUUUGUCGGAGCCUUUGUGGGUUCAGCAGCUGUCUUUGGGCUCUAUUAUGACGCUUUCAUGGCAUUCGAUGGUGGAAACCUGACAAUUACCGGUGAAAAUGCGACAGCACAAAUCUUCUCUUCUUACCCGUCUCCGCAUUUGUCCUUCGUGAAUGGCUUUGCAGACCAGAUAGUUGGCACAGCUGCACUGCUCUUCUCCGUGCUAGCCAUUCUGGACUCCAAAAACGACAGGGUGCCGAAAGGCUUGGAGCCGGUGGUGAUUGGAAUCAUCAUUUUGGUCCUCGGCUGUUCAAUGAGCUUCAACUGCGGUGGCUCCAUCAAUCCAGCUCGCGACCUUGGGCCACGCCUCUUCACGGCAGUGGCAGGAUGGGGGCUGGAGGUGUUCAGCUUUAGAGAUGGCUGGUGGUGGGUUCCUGUCUUGGCACCGAUGAUUGGUGGAGUUGUCGGCACUUCAUUUUACCUUCUCAUCAUUGAACUCCACCACAAGGAAUCAGUCACUGAGCAGUGUGCUAUAGAACCACAACAAUCCCCGAAGAAAAACUACGAACUGGUUGCCAUAAAGGGCAACAUUUAGUUUCAAAGCAUCAUUUGAGCAGAGUGGCAUCUGAUUUGAUCAGCACUCAGAAUUUUAUUGUAUUUAAUUAAAAGCAAAGCCUCUUGCAUUUUAUUACACUCGUCACGGAUGGGGUUUUGGGAAGAUCUUCACGAUUUUAUUUUGGAGAUGGAAAACCAAAUUAUCAAUUAUGUGAAUUGUUAACUGUUGUAAUAUUUUGCAGUCAUAUUUUAAGAGGCCGUUUGGCACAUGCACAGCAACAAUACAGCUAUGCAUAGCUGAGCAGAGCAUACCCAAUGCAUACAAGCGAGGAAAUCCUGACCACUAAGAAGUGACAAAGUCAAAGUACACAUCCCUUGACAUGCUGGAAAAUAGACCAGGCCUCCAUGACUUAUGAGCGCAGUAUAUGAAAGCAAUUUAUGUUAGCUGCUUCCUCAGGGAUUUCAAGGAUAGUAAGACAUGUGGGAAAAACUGAAAUGUGGGAUUAGUAAAAAAAACUUAGAAAAACAGAUAGCAGUGGCAAAAACACCGUGUAUCAAAUGGCCCUAUUUCAGCAUUUAUAAUUUCUAUGAUGCUAUCUAACUCCUUACAUAUUAUGCUUAUAUGAUACGCAUAUUUAUUUAUACUGGUGAAAAAUAUCCUCAACAGCUCUGGCAUAAAGCUGUAUUCGAUGAACCUGGUUACAGACGAUUCUGAAAUAGAAAGAUAUAAAAUUGCAUAGCACGUUACAGAAUGGAAACUAGUCCGUGUCAGUGUUUUUACCCAUAUGAGCCUCCACUCUUCUUAGUCUCUCUUCUAUGCACUUCUAAAUCCCGUCUCCCUUGUGUGAGCAUCAAAUUUCCGCUUAAAUACAUUGAUGCUUUUUUGCUUUAACCACAGCUUUUGGCAAUGAGUUCCAUCUUCUCACCACUCUCUGCGUGAAGAAGUUCAUCCUAAACUCCGUUUUAGAUCUGCAACUCGCUAUCUUAUAUUUAUGCCCCCUUGUUUUGGACUCACCAAUAAGUAAACAGCCUAUUAAAAUUCAUCAUAUCAAAUCCUUUCAUAAUCUUCAGCCCCUCCAGCAGGUCCCCUCUCAUGUAAUCUCAUCUCGAGAGAGGAAAUCUCCAAUCUGUCUAUUCAUUCUUGAUAGUUCUAUCCACUCAUCCCUGACAACACCUAGUAAGUCUACACUGCACUCUCUCCAAUGCUACAAUAUCCUUCCUGUAAGUAUGGUAACCAAACUAGUAAAAACAUUUAUUUCCAUUUGUACCUUGAAGGAUGUGUUUACAAUUGGUCGCGGAUGUUGAAGGGGGUUUGCUGAAUCAGUGUAAUUCUAUUCUUGUAUUUAUCCAUUUGCCAAAAUAAACCUAUUUGUGUUGGAAGUUUCA